UAAUUAACCUUAUGUCUGCUUAUUUAUUACAGUAAAUUUAAUUAAAUUUUUUAUUCAUCUCAAAACUGUUAAUUAUGUAUUGUUAAAUAGCUAUAGUUAAAAAGAACGAUCAAUGUUAGAUAUCAAAUUUACUAUUAAAUUUAAUAAUUUUCUAGAAAUUCAAUAUUAAUGAAAAGAAAUAUUGUAAUUUAUGGUUUUUAGUUUGCAAAAUACAAACGCCGUGUAAGACGACGAAAUCCACUUGAAGAUCAUGAUCCUAAUUCACAGGACAGUGGUUCUCUUACUGCUCAUGCAGAUGAUUCUAGAUCAGUGUCGACAUUAUCUGAUAUGCGAUCUGAGAGCAAUACAUCAUAUACAGCUGUUUCAGAUGAUGAAUUCUUAGACAUUGCUGUAUCCCCAACAAGAUCGUCUCCAGAUUCACUUCUACUUGGAUUCAGUACAUUAAUAGAAGGAGAUACUAUUAGCCAGACAUCAAUUAUUCUUAAAAGAAAAAUUACAAAAUAUUCUUCAGAUACUCCUCGCAAGACUGAUUUAUUGUUUGGUGAUAUUAAAAAUAAUGAAGCAGUUGUGAGAAAAAGAAAGUUAACACGUGAUCUAGAAUCAACCCCUGAAACUAAUGUAUUAUUAAAGAAAACUAGACCUAGUAUAAGUCUUUCUAUGUCAUUUAAUUCUCCAUGACUUGAUUAUAUAAACAGUCUUUUAACUGCCCCUGUAUCUCAGGGAAAGUGUACUUUAUUUGAUUAUUUUCUACUAGUGAAGCUUCUAUUAAUGCUGCUUUUGAAAAAGGUAGAAAAUAAAGAAGAUUACUUUUUAAAAUUAUUUAUUCAUUUUUAAUACUCAUUAUAAAUA